CACACACACACACACACACACACACACACACACACACACACACACACACACACACACACACACACACACUUUCAGCAUGUCAUUUCUGUCUGUGGUGGAGCAAGCUGUCAAGUCCUGCAAAGCUGAACAAGCCAAGAUCAACAGCAACAUUCAACUCUACAGAGAGUUAUUAAGGACUUUAAUACCACAACCAAAGUCGGACUCUGAGGAGUCAGACAGUGCAGAAGAUGCUGUCUCAGAUACCUCACCAGGGGAGAAAGAAGACAUAGAGUUGCUUGAGCGGGCCCUGGAGAAAGCCCUUCAGGUCCGCACUGGAACAGGACCUUCAAAAAAAGACUCUGACAGAAACAAACUCCCUGCACAGCCAAAGGAACAAGCCACUUACGUUGUCACGGUCAAAGAGGGGAAGCAGACAGCUGCAGCUUCUAAGGGAAAUCAGACCACUUUCAGAUCAACCUCUAAAUCUGCCAGUCUUGACAGAAAAGAGCACAAAAAGCCUGGUGCGUCAGUAUCCUCAAGCAAGGCAGCAAGAAAAUCACAGCAGGCCAUCUCAAAGUCUGGCUCUCUUUGUCAGGGUCAAAUAUACACCUCGACCCUCCACUCUAAAAACAAGACUACUAAAAGUGAGCUGAGUGGCAACGAAACAAUCUCCACACCUUCUUCAAGUAACACAGUGGCUUUUUCACAUACAGCGGCGUCUGUAGCUCCCAGCACGCCACCACAGACCGGGAUAGCUCCUGAUCAAACUGCUAAAUGGAAAUCCCUAAAGAGCAAGCAGAAUAGGUUGUGGGACAGAGUUGUGGCGAUACAAAGGAAACCUGUGCCUGGGCGGAGUCAUUUCAUGGAAAGAAUGAGAGCUACGUUCCCCAACGACUGGCCGCACAGCUGCCCGGAUCAGACCAGGACCCUGGUCGACAGGCUGACUCACAAAGGGCUCGACCUCACUCAGCGCUGCCGGAUGAAGGAGCUUCUGGCAAAGCAGACCCCUGAAGCAGCAGCCAUAAAGCCGGGGGGUAAGAAAAACAAGUAUGACUCCUGUCUGACACAUAAAAGGUUGCUUAUGAACGCAGCAGAGUUCGAGCGCUGUGCAGACCGAACCAAAUCAGAGUGGGAAGCAUGGGAUCGAUGGAGGCCAGAGGGAGGCUGUCUUUGCCCCACUGGGGCAAAUGGUGUGUGGGGAGAUGGGAUAAUUGCACACCUGCCCCUCACCAUAACGUACACAUCAGAGGCAGAGCUCAGAGAGGUGGAGGAGCUGAGGAUCAGGGUGGCACAGCUGCAACAAGAGAUUCACUUCGAGCAGGCUCUGUUGGAGGCUUUGUCGCCACAGCUUUCAUCUACAAUACCUGGGCCUGGGUAUCCCAACAUGAGUGUGCUGAGAGACAUGUACUCCCUGCUGGGGGAGGGAGGGGAACGUUUCCCUGCCAUAGUCCUGGACACUGAGUCUGACUGAGCACAGCGGAUAUGGCACUUUGUAUGCCUCUGUUUACACAAAUAUAGAAAUAACUUAUUCGAAAACACCUCUCAAUAAAAUGCUGUCCAGUGCAACACCAGCAGAACCAUCGCCGUCUGAAACCUUUGAGAAAACUAGAAUCUUAUACAUUUUAAGAGACGUAUGUAUUGUAAUGCUUUAGACUGAGCGUGUGUAUUUAAUAAAGUGGUUACUCCGUUUACUUCCAUCCUUGAACCAAGAUGAAUUUGUGAAGAAAGCUGUGACUAUUUAUUUAGUGUCUGAUAACAUUUAUUUACUUGUAUGAGUAAAAGAAAAAACAAUCAUUUUUAUAGAGAACAAAUUAGUUCUUCUUUCUUGUAUUUUUCCUGACUGGUAAAUGCAGUUACAUUUUUGUUAUUGUGUCCUGUCAAAAUCAUGUAACUCUGAAAAUCUCUGCAAUUUUAUGAAUUAAAAAAUCCCAAAAUUUU